AUGGUGGGUAAUAUUAUCUAUCUAUCUAUCUAUCUAUCUAUCUAUGAAGAAAUAAACACUUUCUGUCUGUUCAUAUCUAUCUAUCUAUCUAUCUAUCUAUCUAUUUUUUCAUAUCUAUCUUUUCAAAUCUGUCUUUGUAUCUACUUAUCUCUUCAUAUCUAUCUAUCUAUCUAUCUAUCUAUCUAUCUAUCUAUCUAUUUGUUCAUAUCUAUCUUUUCAAAUCUGUCUUUGUAUCUACUUAUCUCUUCAUAUCUAUCUAUCUAUCUAUCUAUCUAUCUAUCUAUUUGUUCAUAUCUAUCUUUCAAAUCUGUCUUUAUCUAUUAUCUACUUAUCUCUUCAUAUCUAUCUAUCUAUCUAUCUAUCUAUCUAUCUAUCUAUCUAUUUUUCAUAUCUAUCUUUUCAAAUCUGUCUUUGUAUCUACUAUAUCUCUUCAUAUCUAUCUAUCUAUCUAUCUAUCUAUCUAUCUAUCUAUCUAUCUAUCUAUUUUUAUCAUAUCUAUUUUUUGAAUCUAUCUUUGUAUCUAUAUUAUCUCUCUUCAUAUCUAUCUAUCUAUCUAUAUCUAUCUAUCUAUCUAUUUUUUCAUAUCUAUCUUUUCAAAUCUGUCUUUGUAUCUACUUAUCUCUUUUUAUCUAUCUAUCUAUCUAUCUAUCUAUCUAUCUAUCUAUUUUUUCAUAUCUAUCUUUUCAAAUCUGUCUUUGUAUCUACUUAUCUCUUUUCAUAUCUAUCUAUCUAUCUAUCUAUCUAUCUAUCUAUCUAUCUAUCUAUCUAUUUUUUCAUAUCUAUCUUUUCAAAUCUGUCUUUGCAUCUAUGUUAUCUCUUCUAUUCUAUCUAUCUAUCUAUCUUUUCUAUCUAUCUUUUUUUCUAUCUGUAUCUAUCUAUCUAUCUAUUUUUUUUUAUCUAUCUUUUCAAAUCUGUCUUUGUAUCUACUUAUCUCUUUUUACAUUCUAUCUAUCUAUCUAUCUAUCUAUCUAUCUAUCUAUAUCUAUCUAUCUAUUUUUUCAUGUCUAUCUUUUCAAAACUGUCUUUGUAUCUAUUUAUGGACUUUUUCAUAUCUAUCUAUCUAUCUAUCUAUCUAUCUAUCUAUCUAUCUAUUAUUUUUUUUAUAUCUAUCUUUUCAAAUCUGUCUUUGUAUCUACUUAUCUCUUCAUCAUAUAUCUAUCUAUCUAUCUAUCUAUCUAUCUAUCUAUCUAUCUAUCUAUUUUUUUUCAAAUCUAUCUUUUCAAAUCUGUCUUUUGUAUCUAUUUAUCUCUUUAUCUAUCUAUCUAUCUAUCUAUCUAUUAUUUCUAUCUAUUUAUUUUUCAUAUCUAUGUUUUCAAAUCUGUCUUUAUAUCUAUAUAUCUCUUUUCUAUCUAUCUAUCUAUCUAUCUAUCUAUAUAUCUAUCUAUCUAUUUUUUCAUAUCUAUCUUUUCAAAUCUGUCUUUGUAUCUACUUAUCUCUUUUCAUAUCUAUCUAUCUAUCUAUCUAUCUAUCUAUUUAUCUUUUCAUGUCUAUCUAUCUAUCUUUUCAUGUCUAUCUAUCUAUCUAUCUAUCUAUCUAUCUAUCUAUCUAUCUACUGAAUUCUCAUUCUUUCUUCGACUCUCACUAUAUAAUUAUGUGUACAGAAGAUCUGUCGACACAGAGGCUCAUUUUCGAGAAGUUAUGCAGUUUUUUAUAUCUAUGCAUUUCAUUUACCUAACCCUAUAUCUAUCUAUCUAUCUAUCUAUCUAUCUAUCUAUGUUACUUCUAUGA